AGAGGCGUUGCCUGCGUUCGGCGUCUAUGGCAGGCACCCGUCUGCGGGAGCUGCAGGCCGUAGACACCGAGCUCAGCGCGGACACCGUGGAGUGGUGCCCGCUGGAGGGCUGUCGGCGCCUGCUGGCCUGCGGCACCUACCAGCUGCGUGACUCCGGGGACGAGGGCUGGUCGACUGAGCAGCCACAAGUCCGCCUAGGCCGCGUCCACCUGUACAUUUUCAGCGAGGACGACUCUGCUUAUCCUCUGGUCGAGGUCCAAAGGAGAGAUACCCCCGGAGUGCUGGACAUGAAAUGGUGCCAUGUCCCGGUGGCCGGCUGUGGCAUCUUGGCUGUGGCAGAUGCCAGUGGGUCUGUGGAGUUGCUCCGCCUGGUGCAAUCUGAGGAGAGCAGGCCCUUCCUGGAGCCUUGGUCCCGCCUAUUGCUGGGGGAGGAGCGUCUGGCCUUGUCACUGGAUUGGUCCACUGGGAAACGAGGAAGGUCCAGUGACCAGCCCUUGAAGAUCAUCAGCAGUGACUCCAAGGGGAAGCUGCACCUCCUCAUGCUGGAGGAGGCGGGGCCCAGGGUGCAGCAGGUGGCCACGUGGCAGGCCCACCACUUUGAGGCCUGGGUCGCUGCUUUCAAUUACUGGCAGACAGAAGUCGUGUAUUCAGGUGGAGACGAUGGCCUCUUGAAAGGCUGGGACACCAGGACCUCUGGCUUGUGUGUCUUCACCAGCUCAAGCCAUGCCAUGGGUGUGUGCAGUGUCCAAUGCAGCCUGCAUCGGGAGCACAUCCUGGCCACAGGGAGCUAUGAUGAGCAUGUGCUCCUGUGGGACACACGGAACAUGAAGCAACCACUGGCCGAUGCUCAUGUGCAGGGUGGGGUGUGGAGGCUCAAGUGGCACCCCUUCCACUGCGACCUCCUCCUGGCCGCCUGCAUGCACCACGGCUUUGCGAUCCUCGACUGCCAUGAGGUCACAGAGAAGCAGGAAGUGACAGUCUUGGAGUCCUACAAGCUGCCCACCUCACUGCUGUACGGGGCUGACUGGUCUUGGCUCCUCUUCCAUCCCCUGCGGCCAGUGCCUGCAUCCCUUGACGGUGACACGGGAGACCAGGUCUGUGAGCUGAAAGUUGCAGAGGAUGUGUGGAACAGCAACAGCCAGCCACACAUCCAGCCAAGUUCUGUGACUCUGAUCUCUACCUUGAAGAGGCAAAUCCUGACAGCAGGCUUCUGGCCACCUGCUCUUUUUAUGACCACACACUCAACCUCUGGAGGUGGGAGGCCAGCUGAGCUUGAGAUCACAGAGACCUACACCAGGAGCGGUAGUCUGUUGGCCUGUUGGGAAUGGACUGAUUUUUUUUUUUUUUUUUUUUUUGUGGAAUGGGGGAUUGAACUCAGGUCCUUGCGCAUGCCAGGCAAGCGCUUAUUCUACUGAGCCAUCUCCCCAGCCCCUGAGUGAUUCUUUUUGGCAGAGUGGGAUUUUCCUUCUCCAAAACUUGUUUCUUGAGUACAUCUUGACUUUAAAUCCUUCCCAAUGUAUUUAAGCAACUGUUUGUAUUAAUUAAAUGAAUGUUUUGAAAAAAAAAAUGUUACUUUAAAACAAAUAAUUUUGUAACUGGAUGAAUUUCCUUUUUGUGUGGUACAACAAACCAGGGCCUUGUACAUGAGAUACACCCCCCAACCUGGAAGUAUCUUUAAAAGCACAUGAAAAGACCACUUCCUUCUGUGGGAGAGCAAAAGAAAGAGGUCCAUGUAUACUUCUGAACCACCUCAGGUCAUACUUGGAAGCAGGUGGAGGCAGUGUAGGCACUAACUGUAUUCACAAACUGAU